AUGGGUCGUAAUAGUCAUAAGAAGAGAGCGCUUAAUGCGCAGAUAACUCGCAACUUCUUUGCCCAGGUGCCUAGGCCAACCUCGCCGGCGCACCCCCCCUCUACAACUGUCGCCGUGCCGACAUUACCUGCUGAGAGUAUCCAUCCCUUGGCAGGAGUACUGGGGGCAGGCGAGCAGAAGGCUGCCCAGCAGACCUUUGAAUAUAUCUCUAACCUUGGUCAAGAGCUGUUAGGGAUCUAUCUGGCGAACAAGGCUAGUUUUCGUGAAGAAUUGAUUGAGGCUUUUACCUGUGCCUAUUCCUACGUCAACUACGACUCCAGGAGCAUUUCGUGGGGGGUUGACACCGACCUCCUGAGCCUGAUCGCCGACCAACUCGCCGAGGGUGAGGUUAUUGGUCUCUUCACAAACGGCGCAGUGAAGAGUGGGAUUCCGGCUGAAGACCUGGUGGUCACGGCGCCUGCCCAACUCACAGAAUACGACGUGAUUAGCUUGGUUGUUGACGCACUUCUGGAAUUGGUCGAGAGGUCGACCUUGGAAACCUCAGAACAACACCGCCAGGACGGGGCUUUUCUACCAAUUUUCGCUCUUGCACUCAUCCGCAUCACCGCAACCUCGCGCUGUCUUUACACCCUCCAACGACCCGACAAGGAUCUCUGGCUUGUACUGCGCCAGGUGAGAUACCCCAAGAUGGAGACCAUCAACAAUCUCGUCGUUCCCGGCGCGUCCCCGUUGACCGAGAAGGAAUGGGAAGUCAUCGCUGCCACGGUUCGUGCCAUGGGGGGCGACCCUACCAACAGAGCCGAUUUUGAGGCCAUGUUCAAGAUCCCCUUGGCCCCCAAACCAGCAAGCGAUGGUGACAUCGAGGAGGAGGAUGACGGCCCGCCCAUCGAACUGCCCGACUUACAAGGCAGUAGCAAGCCAAAGGUGAUGCCGACAAGCGCCCCAGACUUCACCGAAGCCGAUGGCUUCGCAGCCUCCCAGGCUGCUACCGACGAGCCUGCUACCGACAAGGGUAAAGGCAAAGGCAGAGAACGCGUUGCGUUUGCGUCUGCAACUGCAACUGCCUCUGCGACGACCGCAAAGGCCGCUGGCGUUGAGAUCCCACGGAUCGACGCAGGCAAGGUCAAAGGCGUCCACCUCAAGGCCGAAGCGGCCCGAUCUCGUCUGCGCCAUCAUAUCCAGAAAUUGCUGGAGAUCGAUCACCCAAGCAUCGAAGCUCGUCGCGAAGCUUUCACCCGUGCCUUGGAGGACAUUACAAAAUCCGAAACCUACAAGGAUGCAAAGAAGCCGGAGCGUGCGGAGCGGGAGCGGCGUCGGCGUCCAUCCCUUCACCAUGUCGAUCGCACCACUCUAAAGACGACCAGUUUUCCUAUUGGAACUGAGCCGGGCUGGUUGGGCGAGCUGGAACGCAUGCAGGGCGAGGCACUGCGCAAGGACAAGACAGGAGGCGAAGACAACAAGCACAAGCACGCCGAAGGCGGGGCAGAAGUCAGCACCAAGGUCGAACCUGCAGCAGCCAACACCAAGGUCGAGCCAACAGAAGCCAGCACCAAGCCUGAACAAACAGGAGACAACGAGGCCGAAGACCACGAUCACGAUGAUGCAGACGCAGACGCUGCCGGUGCUACGGGAAACAAGCAGAGCAAGAAAAACAAGAAGAGAAAGAACAAGAACAAGAAGUAG